GCACCUGAACGCAGUGGCAGCGGUGUCUGCAACGUCCCGUGUCACAUGACAGAGGUGAUGGUUACUUCGCGGCUGGUGAUGUGACAAGGCAAACCCGCAGCUGCUAGCACUGGUUAGCGAGUUUGCUGGCUUUCCCAUUUGCUCGCUCCUCGUCGAAAUCAGCGCAGCGACACGAACAUGGACAAUAGCGGGAAAGACAAGGAAGCAUCGGCCCUAAUGGCCGAGGCCGAAAAGAAAUUAAAGUCAUCGCAGUCGUUUUUCGGAGCGCUGUUUGGGGGUUCCUCCAAGCAGGAAGAGGCCUGUGACAUGUAUGUGAGGGCAGCCAACAUGUACAAAAUGGCCAAAAAUUGGUGUGCUGCAGGAAAUGCGUUCUCCCAAGCUGCUCGCCUUCACCUGCAGAUGCAGAGCAAACACGAUGCGGCGACUAACUUCAUAGAUGCUGGAAACGCCUUCAAAAAAGCAGAUCCACAAGAGGCCAUAAACUGCCUAAACCGAGCUAUAGAGAUAUACACUGAUAUGGGGCGCUUCACCAUCGCAGCCAAACAUCACAUAACCAUUGCUGAAAUAUAUGAGACAGAGCUGGUGGACAUCGACAAGGCCAUCGCUCAUUAUGAACAGGCAGCAGAUUAUUACAAAGGGGAAGAAUCCACCAGUUCAGCAAACAAGUGCCUUCUAAAAGUAGCAACCUACGCAGCUCAGCUGGAGCAGUACCCAAAAGCUAUCGAGAUCUAUGAACAGGUUGGAACCCAUGCAAUGGACAGUACGCUCCUGAAAUACAGUGCCAAGGAUCACUUCUUCAAGGCAGCGCUCUGUCACUUCUGUGUAGACAUGCUGAAUGCAAAACUUGCUGUGCAGAAGUACGAAGAAAUGUUUCCGGCCUUUUCAGACUCGAGAGAAUGCAAACUGUUGAAGAAACUUCUAGAUGCCUAUGAAGAACAGAAUGUGGAGGCCUACACCGAUUCGGUGAAGGAAUACGACACCAUUUCCCGAUUGGACCAGUGGCUCACCACCAUGCUUCUGCGCAUCAAGAAAACCAUACAGGAAGAGGAGAGCGACCUUCGCUGACUUCCCUCCUCGCUCGUCCUCGAGCCCCUCGUCCACCGACUUGCAUCCUUCGUUCUGCCUCGAGCCUGUUACUUCCAUUCUAGCGGCCAUCUUAGCUUUCUGACCCUUAGCCCUUAUAUACCUUCGCAGAUACAGACACUGUGUUUCCUUCCUAGCAUCUGCAGUAUUGUUUUCUUGCCUUUUUAAUCCACUCAACGCUCCCAAACAUUAUGGUCCUUUAUAGGUAUGAACACUAUUUUCCUGAGUGCACACUGCAAACAGUACGUUAGUUGUAUUUUGUUAUGAUACAGGUAUUUUUUCCUAAUAUUUGUUAAAAUUUUUAUAAUUGGGCUGCAAUACCAGAUACUCAAACCAGCACACUUGCAUAAUAAAGGCUUUAUUUCUAUUUUCAUUGUUAUAAAAUUGAUGAGAUUAUGCCAAUUUAUUAACACUUUGAUCUACAAAAUAUAUUUUCCAGGUUGUGCUUUAGAAUAAACUACACUGACCAAAAUGCCAGUAUCGACUAACAGCAGUCACGUUGAUUUUUUUUUUUGGUACUUUUGAGCGCUUGAGUAUACUGUAGAUCCUAACGGGGCAUCUCUAAUUAAACAGCACUUCAUCUCAGCAGCGGAGCUCCUCUCCAGGCAGAGACUCCACGAGUCCCUGAGGUCAUUCCAUGGAAAAUACCCCCUCUGCCUUAUACUGCCAAGUUCUCAGGACGUGAACAGCUAGAUUUGAUGAAAAUUUUAAACCAAUAAAAUCAAUAAAUAAU